GCGCAACGGAAGCCCGGAGGGACGCGUCACUUCCGGGGGCGUGGCCGGAAGCGGCUGUUUGUUGUGGUGGAGGCCCGCCAUGGUGUGCGAGAAGUGCGAGAAAAAGCUCGGUACGGUGAUCACGCCUGAUACGUGGAAGGAUGGCGCAAGAAACACGACAGAAAGUGGUGGCCGAAAACUGAAUGAAAACAAGGCUUUGACUUCAAAGAAAGCAAGGUUUGAUCCUUAUGGAAAGAACAAAUUUGCAAUAUGUCGGAUUUGUAAGAGUUCUGUCCAUCAGCCAGGGUCUCACUAUUGUCAAGGAUGUGCCUAUAAAAAAGGCAUCUGCUCAAUGUGUGGCAAGAAAGUCUUGGAUACGAAGAACUACAAGCAAACCUCUGUCUAACUAUGUUGCUUGGUCUUUUCAUGAACUUUAACUUCUGCAUCUUUGUACAGUAACUUUUCUCCAAAAUCAUUUGUGAAUUUUACUUUCUAGAAGAUAAUAAAUCUUGGAAUGGGAUGAGAGGUAAAGAAAGUCAGAUUGUUUGCCAAGAAGUGUGUAUGAUAGCUGAAUUUUGUUUUAGCACUAAUGUUAACAGUUAUUUAAAGGUAAAGGUUUGUAGCAACUGAUAAAGUUCAAAAUGAGUGAGAGCUUAGUAGGUAGGCUGAAAUUAUACUACCAUGAUAAUGCAGAUCCUUGAAGUUAAUAUUUUUAUUGUUAUGUUGCUAUAUCUUGCAUCUUCUGCUUGUAUGAUAAUAAUGUUUUAUGGAUGUGUAAAUUAAGAGUUUAUCACCCUCUUAAAGUAGUAUCUUCAUUUAGUUCUAUGCUUAUAUGUAUUUAUAAUUAUUCUCAUCCCAAACUGUUAUGUGCUCUGCUUUGAAGUACUGCUCUUCUGGUUUUAAUGUAAUUGGGCUUCUGAGAUUUGUUUCUGUAUACUGUAGGGUUGGCUAAAUCACAAACUGUUUAACUAUAAAAAUCUAGUGUGUUACUCUACUAGUUCUUACCUUUGCAGUAAGACUGAUUAGCUAUUGUCAGCCUCAAAGGAUUUUUUACGUAUGGCACCUAGUGGCCCAAGGCAAUAAAAUGAGCAGCAAUUUCUAAUGCUAGGUCUCAGUCUCGUCAUUUCUCGAGUUAGUCAUCCUUUUAAAUACUCACUUUGAAAUUGGUUCUUGAAUUCUGUGAUGUGAUUGCUUAUGUAACAGUCAAAUUUGAAAAAUCAAAACACCCUUUCUUCAGCAGUAGUUUGAGAUAAGACUUUAAAUAGACAUCUUUUAACAUGUUGGCCUGAAUGUGCCUCUGCAUUUCUUUUGGUUAGUAUCUACAUAAGAAAACAAAUUCUAUUAUGCAGAAUAGCACUUACUGUUUGCAGGGAUUCUUUGUAACAGUUAAAACGAAAAAAACGUUGCACUAAUAUGGGGUGAAGUUUUAACUAAGACUCCCUUAAGUGCUUACUCCUCUUAGCAACCUCUUAUGCUUUUGCAACUUUCAAUCAUAAUAAAAAAACUGUCAAUGGGAACAUCCCUAUUAAUAGAUACUCCGGUUUAGGUUUUCCUUUUGUUCUGCUAUCUGUUCCUGAGACAACUGCUUAAGUAAUGGAGACUGCACAGUUUUUCGAUAUAGUAGUGGGAGAAAAUAAAGAGUACCUAGGAUAUUGUUAUUCUCUUUACUCCUAGCUCCUGCCACACUGUGCUGUAAGUAGCCCUUGAAAGCAAGGUUGUUUGACACAUCCUGCCAAUUCUGCUGACCUUCUGCAAUUGCUAAAAUAGCAGUUCUUUUGAACAAUUUAUGUCUACUAAAAAGCUUUGUCAGGAUUGAACAAACUGGGUUUCCUCCAAAAGAAAAGGGGAAUGCUGCUGCCCUUCAUCCUAAUAGCUUCCACCUGUGUGAGCAAUUGCCAUUCUUUUCUGUCAGUAAGGACAGGGAACUAAGUCUGGAAUUGUGAAGUCUUCUGACUUGUUACAGUUGGUGAGCUGGUUGCAGUGGCCUUGAAGUACAAUGAGAAACAACCUUUUCUAGUAAUGAGAUCUGAGGUGGAGUGUGUACAGAGGUAGAAACAUAGGCAGUCUACUAAUUAUAUCCAGGAAUGGGAGAAAAACUUGGAAUGUGGAAGCAGCAGCUACCUCCUGAGAAGCUUUAAGCCUUAAAAAAGAAGCCACUGUCUUGAACAGCUUGCUUUUUUAACAGCCCCAGCUGACAUGCCCAAGGUAUGUGGAUCAGCUGGUGGUGACUGGUAGCCCAGAAACUUAAUUUCCAUGUGGUGCUGGCCAUUUAUUUCCAAACAGCUCAAGGAAUUCUAAUAUUAAUGCAUGGUCUCUAAAUUUGGAGCGUCCUUUAUACAGAUUAGUACAAAAUGUCUCAUACUGGCUUCACGUUUUGCAGUAGGUGCUUGUCAGCCACAGUCUCUUCUGCAGUACCCUCUUGCUUAGUCAUUGUCUUUUUUCAGUCCCCCAAUUGAGCUCAGCAAGCUGUAGCAGGUACAAGAAAAGUCCAUUUUGAAGCCAUUUCUUGAUCUUUUGUACCCUUAAGUUAGCGGCUGUAGACAUGAAAAGGAAGGCUUUAUGUAUAAUUGCAAAAAAUGGGGCCAAAAGUGUUUGGUAACGUUGCUUGUCUUGGCUGCAGCAACAAAAUGUGAAUACAUCUCUGUAAGUCCAUGUGCCUGAUUCCUACCUUGAAAAGAUAGAGCUGUAAUCCAUAAUGCCCAUAUAGUUUUAAAAAUGAUUAAACCACCUGAGAAGAUAUGAACCAUCUGAUGGUUGUGGAAAACAUACUUAUUAUUAUGUGGAAUUGUUGCUACAGUGAACAGUGAUCCAUGGGCCAUGGCUACAGCCAUGGGGCACAGAGGAGGCCAUGGUUAGUGUGGAGAGCGUGUUCUGGAGGAAAUCCUUCUCAUGCUGGAAAAAAUAGAGGGAAGAGAUGGUUGUUUGAAUUUGGUUACUGUGCUGGUUUUAUGUAAAGGAGUUUCAUCAAAGGAACUUACUUGAAAGUGCUAAUUCUCUGACUUCUUUUGUUCUGUCCUUUGCCUUUCAGCGUAUUUUCUGUAACUAGGACUCAUUACUGUACAAGUAGAAUAGGGUUAAAUGUAUGAAGAAUAUUAGAAGUGACAGUUGCAAACUAAGUCAUUCUAAUCACUUUAAAGAGUUAACCUGGGUUAACUACACAGCUAAGUGAAUCAGUUUCGUGCUAAUAAGGAACAUUUUAAAAACGGUUGCAAAAAGUAAGCUUAUAAAUGAAAAUCUAAAAAUUUCAAAUGAGAUUUAUAAUCUAUAAUAUAUUGGUAGGACUACUGUGUUUUUCUGGGAGACUGAGUUAUAUAUAUAAAUCUGUAUAUUUAAUUUUGUUUCUCCUUCCUUUAUGGAAUUAGCAGAUGUUCAGCAUGUUUCCAAUUUAUUCUUCACAUGCAUGAAUUCAGGUUUUGGGUCAAAUUGCUACAGAUGAUUUCAGGGUGGCAGAUUCUGUGAUAUUAGAGAACUUUUCACGCUCUGUAGAUAUGUUCUGUCAGACUAGUUUUGCCAUUUUGUGAAUAAAACAUCCUUUCUUGUCUUUCUAACGUUUGCCAGUAUCUUCACUUUCAAAGCAUGACUCCUCUUGAAUCCACUGUACAAAUUGAAUGUUUAUUGCACUCUGUAAAUACUGGCUUUGAAUAAAGUCUUAUCUCAUUUUGCAUUUUA